AUGAAACGAAAAGAGCACAAUAUAACGCAACUAAUUCGUUAUGCUGAAUCGCUAGAUUCAAAGGUAUCCGAAGAUUCUCUGGAAGUACUACAAGGGUUGAUCAAUCAAGGAGAAGGUAUUGGUCAGUUAGUAACUUGCUAUAUUCACAGUCGGUCGUCCUUGGCGGUGGAACUGCUUUGUAAUGUUAAGGAGCCUUAUGAUACGGAAUUGUGCAGUAGAAUUCAGGAUUUUUUGGCCAAAAAUACGCUAGCUACGCUUACACUUCUUGGACAGUUAAUACAAAAGACCCCAAGUUGGUUACCAAAGCUUGCUGAGCACUCACUUUUUGAUCAUAUCUUGAAGUUUAUUCGGCCAUCUGAGAACAUUGUUGUGGUCGUUUCUGCGAUCCUUAUCGUAUCGUCUUUACUUCCACAUUUUGCUGCUCCUAAAAAAUCGAUAUUGCUAAACUUAUUUCGACUAUUAAUUAUGUCCUGCAAUAUGCUUUAUAACUUCAAGAAAUUAUUUGAUCAGCAGAAAUCAGAUAUCAUUGAAGGAAUAUAUGUAUCACAUCUGUAUAGUGCAAUAAUCCAGUAUUUUAUUGUUUUGUAUGGGAUUUAUCCUGCGACUUUGGUAGAGUACUUAAGAAGCCAUGUAAAUGUUACGGAUGGUCGAGCAGUACAUGUACUUAAAGCAUUGUUUUCUGCUGUGAAAUUCCAUCCGAACAUAUUAAGUGUUACAGUUGAACAGGAAUUAGAUAGAAAUCGUUGGAAUCAUCGUGAAGCGCACGAUUUUUUAGCUGAUUGUCGACAGGUACUCGUACGACCCGUCUUGCCAACAGUCGUUAAAGUUGGUAAAUUAAUUUCCUCGAAUCACACACUGGAGACAUCAAGUUCAACAAUGUCCUAUGUUUCGCAGCUGCCAGAUUUGAAUGACUUGUUUCCAACACAAACAGAUUCGUCAUCAUCCAAUUCGUUGGGUACAUCUGUGGAUCAUUGGAAUGAAGAUGAUGCAUGGCUAGAAUGUGGUAAAAGCGAUUCGGAUAUUCUUCCGGAAUCAAAAUCUAGCUCAGUAGAUAACCGUGUAUCAAAUAUGGUGAUAGGUUUUUCUGCAGAAUCACGACGAGCAAUAACUGGCACAGCAGAUUCGAAGCACAUAAGACGAUCCUCUUUAACACAGAAGAUUAAUGAUUUUAUUCGGAGACGUAAGUCACGAACUUUGUCGGAUAAACCGUCAUUUCAUAACUUAUCAGUUCCUAGAACACUUCUGGUUACAGCAAGAGAUGAUUCCUUAGGUGGUGAACUAAUUGAAGAAAUUUUUGUACGUGAAGAUAUCCAGAAACGUAGUGAUGAGACCGGACAUAUCGAACAGGGUGUGGAUGCUCGAGAAAUUUGUUCACCUUGCAUUCCAUUUUCAUCAGUACAGCCUUCAGAAGAUUCUUUUGCAAAUACUCCUGCAACGAUUGUACCCCUAGAAAACAUGUGUCAUCCACAAUCUGAAGCAUUUACUUCGGAUGCUCUGGGGAAUCAUGAUGUUGAAAUUUCCUUAUCAACGAACGCAACAAACACAGGUCUUAUCAAAAGCUUUCAGCAGGGUGCUGAUAUUGAUGAUAAUGCAGAAACCAUUCGUUAUCGAAAGACUAAAGAAUUUAAAAUGAAUGAAGCCGAAGAACCGAAUGGAAGCAUUUCGAAUGACAGCGCGAAUCGGUUUUCAGUGACUUCAUUUUUUCGAAAAGUCAAUCGCCAGCGAUUUAUAAAUGGUUGCCCUCGUAAAAAAAAUGAAAUAAUUCAUUGUCUCGGUCAUCUGAGGAACUUUGCGCAGACCCAGUUGCUUCGUUCUUUUUCCUGUUCCGAUUUGUCGCAUAUUUUGGAAUUUGAUGAUAAAGAAAAAAUAUACAAUUUUAAUGAAUUAAAGCCAAGGCAGCUCAUGACCACCAGAAAUACUGAACUCUCCGUCGAGGAUAUUGAGGAGUUAAUCGCUCAGAAAUGUCCAUAUCUUCCAUUUCUUCAAGCUCUUCCUUUUUCUCUGAUUGAUGAAGAAAGUCUGAAUGAGGAAUUAAAAUGUGAACAUGAACGCACAUAUCAGAAUUAUAUAGAAGCAAGUGCCGACUAUCAUACAUGCUUGAAACAGCUUGGCUUAGCCGAUCGUUUGCCAGCAAUAAUUUAUGAUGAUAUGUCCGAACAGCUUAAGGGCCUUUCGACUGAAACUCAAAUAAAAGUGCUAAAUGUCCGUUUAGCACUUGUUAAUCAGCAUUUGCUCUAUGAACGCUGUGGAAGACUGCUUCAUGCCGAACGAAAUCGUCGACUUUUCGGUCGUUUGAAACAACAGAAAUCAUUGGAGUCAGAAAAAAUAUCACUCAGUAUGGCUCUUCAUAAUGCAGAAAUUGAAAGAGAACAGCUAACAAGUGCUUUAACAGAUCUUCGGAAGCGAAGCAAUAUAGAGCGCUCAAAACGGGGAGAAAUUGAGAAGAGAUAUUGUGAAAAGAUAAAAACUUACCGUAAUGAAGCUGAUCAUUAUUUGACUCUUGUAACAAAUUUGAAACGAAAAAUGGAAUCUAUGGCUGAAAGCAACAAUCAUCGGCAGGUUGAGUUGGAAAUGUAUAAAAGAAGAUCGGAGGACAUGGAAAUGAAGUUACUGUUUGCGGAAUCAAAACUGGAAGAAACUGAGACUUUGAAAAUAGAACUCAAAAGUGCUCAUCAAAUUAAUCAACAGCUGAGAGAUGAAGUCUCGCUGCUUCAAAAACGGCUGGAAGAAGACGGUUCUAGAUCAAAGUCACGGUUUAGGUCAAUGGAACUUGACACUUCACAAAUGCUAGCUGAGGUAGUCCGACUGAAGAAAUUAUUGGUACAGGAAGAAAGAGCGAAAGAAUCUGCAAAGGCUAAAGCUCGAAAGUUCGAAGAUGAGUUAAUGAUUGAAAGGAGGCGCUGUACAGAAUUUAGCGCUGUUUUUGAAAGAGCCAAAAAGUUAAAUUCUCAACAAUGUGAAGCAGCACAACACAAAUAUCAAUCUCUUCUGUCUGUUUGUCAGAAACAACAGUCACAUAUUCUUGAUCUGUAUGCUAGAAUUGAGGAAAUCGUGGCAUUAUCAAAUUCCGAGAGACUAGUAAACAUCGAGCCGCAGAUGUUGUUUCCAAGAAGUUCUCUGAGUGAAAUGUGUUUUUUGAAUGGCAGUUCACAGGGAAGUUUUUUUCCUUCUGAAUUAUUCGAUGAAGAAAAUGAAAAUGAUAAAGAUAGCAGUGAUAUAUGCGUGCGUGAUGAUAAUCCUGUUGUGUCAUUAUCUAAGAAUGAUCCCAAAGGUGGAGUUUUAUAG